UUGUUUUUAAUGUUAUUCGCAACAAGUUGAGGUCUUUUCAUUUGUAAGCUAUCAAGAUGUCCGCGGCAACAGCGAUUAGUCAUAAUAAACCUACAGAGCCACAUAAGUCAUGGAAAAAAAUCAACGAGGAACGCAAGGCACUCAAACGUCAACGAAAACAGGACAAAGCUCUUAAAGAUCUAAAAAGAGUUCAAGAGCUCGCUGCAUCUGCUGUCAAUGAAACAGCAAAUGGAAAAGCAGCAUCAAAACCAAAUCCAUCAACGGUGAGCAUUGCCGUUCCCGGCUCCAUAUUGGAGAAUGCGCAAUCCGCAGAGCUACGUGCCUAUGUGGCUGGCCAAAUAGCGCGAGCUGCCUGUAUAUUUCGUGUCAAUGAGGUGAUUGUGUUUGACGAUGUGGGUGUAGCAACUGCCCGCGAAACAAAGCGUAUCUAUGAACAGGAUGAUGCGGACAACAAUGGGAAUGGAGCGGGUAAAGCGACAAGCACAGUACGAAGCAGCUCUUUGCAAUUGGCCCGAAUUCUACAAUAUUUAGAGUGUCCACAAUAUCUGCGUAAAUACUUCUUUCCCCUGCACAAAGAUCUGAAGUACUCUGGUCUGCUUAAUCCACUUGACACACCCCAUCAUCUGCGACAGCAAAGCAAAUUUCGUUAUCGGGAGGGCGUCGUUUGCGAUAAACAGGCAAAAGAUGGCCACAGCUAUGCGAAUGUGGGACUGCUAAAUGAUGUGCUGAUCGACAAGGCAUUGGAGCCCGGUGUGCGGGUGACUGUGAAAAUGGAACCAUCAAAUGAUGGGAGUCGGAAACAGCGUGGUACUUUAGUGAGUCCGGAUGAACCGCGGCGGGAGACGGGUGUCUACUGGGGUUACCAGGUGCGCAUUGCACAUUCGCUUUCUGAAAUCUUCACAAAAUCGCCCUAUGAUGGUGGCUAUGAUGUGAUGGUGGGAACUUCAGAUCGUGGCACUAGCGUCCAAAAUGUACCCAAUCAAUCCAUUGGCUACAAUCACGCACUCAUUGUGUUUGGCGGUCUGCAGGGUCUCGAGGAGGCCCUAGCCAAUGACGAGAAGCUGACCGUCGAUGAUCCUCAGCUACUCUUCGACCACUACAUAAAUGUUCUGCCUAAACAAGGCUCACGCACUAUACGCACUGAAGAGGCGCUGCUGAUAGCAAUGGCGGCUCUACAAGAGAAGCUGCAACCACAGCAGGCGGAUGUUGAGUGUGAUUUAAGUGAUUUACUGCCACGCAGCGAGGACACUGGGAUUCCAAUGGCGCGCGAUGUCCUUGUAAGCAAGAAAAAGAAAAAAAAGCUUACGGAUAACACGGAACCCAAUGAAAUACAGCCAGCAGUAAUAGCAACUAAACUCAAUCUAACGCCAGCAGAACCAAGGCGUCCAAAUCCAUUUACCGAACACAAAAGAGCCAAAGUAGAACCGCAAUCUAUCAGUAUGGAGGCAGAUUUCGAGGUAGUGUCUGCUUCAACAGGACAUGCAGCAGCAAUUAAUGAGAAUCAGAAUGAUGAUUUAAGCCGUUUCGAUUGAGUCAUUUUCACACUAAGUUUUCAUUUUUACUCUUUUUUAAUUGUUUUAACUAUAUUGUACUGCUUCAAUCAUGGAUGUAUAUAUAAAAGAUAUUGCGAUGUUAUGGUGUAACGCCGUAUCUUAGCUACAAAAACACAAACUUAAUCUAUGAAUAUAAAUCUUUUAAGAAAUAUUCGUUUUACAUUCUCAUAACUUUCAUUUGUUCAACAGUAUAUUUAUACAAUUAUAGUACAUGAUUCUAUGUGUCGGGUCUUGUGUGGCAGCGCUCGAUUUAUGCUAAUAAGCAACUAUAUAGGCAAUCUAAUAGGCAUUUUUCAGUCACUUGCACUAUCAAACAUAAGACACGAAAGUAUUUUGAUAACAAUAGUGCACGCUCUUCUUUCAACUUAUAUACCAACUAGUACAAAA